GUUAAGUCUAGACUAUUUUCCUUAUGGGAACGAUCCCAACCUCACUAGUUGGGUUAUUUACUUGACACGACCGCUUUACUUCUUAUUUGAGAAGUAAGUUUGAGCGUAUCAUGGAUCCAAUUGGGAAGACAUUUAUGUAGGAAGUAUUGCUAGAAUGGAGGCCUCAAUAUUGUGAUAAAUGCCAGAAGAUAGGGCAUCUAUGUCAAGUGGAGUCUGAACCAAAAGAAGAGAUACCAAAAAGAAGAAGGCCUUGGAAAAAAGUAACUCAAACUUGGUAGUAUAAAGGUCCAAUUUCACAGAAUACUGAGCAAGAGAAGAUAGAUGAACAAAGACAAGAGAACAAUCCUAGUCCACAGAAGAAUAAGCAGGAGGAAGAACAGGAGAUAGGAAAGAAACAAGAUCAACAAACACCAAGAAGUAAUGAUGAGCAGUCUUAUGUAAAUAGACAGUUGGAAUUGAGUUUGGCUAACUUUCCUAUGUUGAAAGCUAUACCAACAAGGAAUGGUUUUGAGAGUCUCAUGCAUAACAAAUUGGCUUCACUAUCUGUUGAUAGAGGUGGAGCAUCAAAGACUUGUUGAUAAAGUGGUUUUUUGGAAUGUGAGGGGUAUGAAUAAAAGGUAUAAGCAGAAGGACAUUAAGCUGCCGUUACAAAAGAAUAAAGUUACUUUGGCAGGGUUAAUUGAAACAAGAGUUAAAGAGAAAAAUAUGAAAACAAUUCUUAAAGGGAUAGCACCAGAGUGGAAGAUGUUACAUAAUUAUACUGAUAGUCCUAAUGGAAGAAUUUGGUUGGUAUGGGAUGAUAAUUGGUAUGUGAUCAAGAUGAUUAAUAGCUCAGCUCAACUUCUGCAUUGUCAGGUUAAUGAAAGAAGUAAAGAUUAUCAGUUUAUAUUGAUUGUGGUGUAUGGAUUUAAUACAGUUGAACAGAGGAAAAGUUUGUGGCAAGAAAUGAAUACAAUAUCAAAAGGUAUUUCUCAACCUUGGCUCAUAGUAGGGGAUUUUAAUGUUAUUCUUUAUACUAAGGAUAGGUUAGAUGGAGUUCCUGUUACGAAUAAUGAGAUAAAAGAUUUUGGUGAAUGUGUGAGAGAUAUGGAGGUUACUGAAUUGCAAUGCAAAGGCAACUACUAUACCUGGACUAACAAGCAGUGUGGGAGGGAUAGAAUAUCAAGUAGAAUUGAUAGAGCAUUUGGAAAUGAUGAAUGGAUGGAUAAAUGGGGACAUGUUAUUGUAGAAUAUGGGAAUCCAAGCAUAUCUGAUCAUAGCUCUAUGAUGGUUUUGCGACAAAAAACUCAGCAACAUGGGAAAGUCAGUUUUAAGUUUUUUAAUGUAUGGACUGAACAUGAGAUAUUUAUUGAAAUGGUGGAGGUUGUAUGGAAAAAAGGCUAUGGAAAUAUCAUAAUGAAGCAAGUUUGGUGUAAAUUGAUUGACCUUCAGCAUAUGCUAAAACAGUUGAAUAGAAAAGAGUUUAAAUAUAUUGGGAAGCAGAUUGAGAUGGCUAGAUUGGAGAUUGCAAAAGUCCAGGAUCAACUAAAUGAGAAAGCUACUGAUGAGCUAGUUGUGAUGGAAAAAGAGUUACUAAUCAAGAUUGAAAAAUGGUCAAUGAUAGAAGAAAGUGCUUUGAGGCAGAAGGCAAGGAUAAAAUGGAUUCAAUUAGGGGAUGCAAAUAAUAAGUUUUUCAGCUUAGUUAUAAAGGAUAGAACUCAAAAGAAACAAAUAAGAAAUAUUAUGUCUUUGAAUGGUAAGAUGUUAUAUGAUCCACAUGAAAUUCAGGAUGAGUUUGUGAUGUUCUAUAAGAGUCUUAUGGGAACUUCAGCAGGCAAGCUACCAGCCAUUAAUGCUUAAGUGAUGAAAAGAGGGCCUACUUUGACAAAGCAGCAGAGGGUACAAUUGUGUGCUGCAGUAACAAAACAAGAGAUUUAUGAUGGUUUGAAAUCCAUAGGGAAUGAUAAGGCACCAGGUAUAGAUGGUUAUAAUGCUUUCUUUUUUAAACAUACUUGGCAGAUCAUUAAAAGGGAUAUCAUUGAGGCUGUUCAGUGUUUUUUCACAACUGGCAAGCUAUACAAAGCAUUCAAUUGUACUCUAGUGUCUCUCAUUCCAAAAGUUCAGAAUCCUAAAACUGUGAAAGAAUAACGUCCAAUAGCUUGUUGUACUGUGGUAUAUAAGAUCAUCUCCAAAGUGCUAACUAAUAGACUACAUGGAGUGACUCAGAGUAUCAUUUGUGAUAGCCAGGCAGGGUUUAUUCCAGGAAGAAAGAUUUCUGAUAAUAUAGUGCUUGCUCAUGAGCUGGUUGAAGCUUAUACUAGGAAGCAUAUUUAUCCUAGAUGCAUGUUGAAAAUUGACUUACAGAAGUCUUAUGAUUCAGUGGAAUGGGGAUUCUUGGAGCAAGUUGUUUUAUCGAAAAAUUGAUUUCGAAAAGAGUUUGUUUUAUUUUCGACUUUUUAGG